CUUAGGUGUUUGUCAGUGACUGGAGAUUUACUAUCAGUUUAGAAAAAGGGGGAGGAACUAAAGUUAGCUCACAAAUUCCCCACAGGUUUUUGUCUAUGCAGAAGUGCCCGGAGUUUCUCACCCUGAGUUCUGACCUGUAAAUCUGCAAGGAAAUCUUGAGAGUUUUUCUUUUUCCUUUUCUUUCUUUCUUUCUUUUUUUUUAAAGGAGGCAGGGAGCUGUGGAUCCAUCCCAUCAUCGGAAUCCUAGCUGAGAAGCAACUUGUAAUGGAGGCUUCACCUCUUGAGUUACCAGCUGACACACUUCAACGCAUCGCAUCUGAACUUAGAUGUCACCUGACAGAUGAGAGGGUUGCCCUCCACCUUGAUAAGGAAGAUAAGCUGAGGCACUUCAGAGAGUAUUUUCAUAUCCCCAAAAUGCAGGAUCUACCUGCAGUUGAUUUAUCUUUAGUGAAUAAGGAUGAAAAUGCCAUCUAUUUCUUGGGCAAUUCUCUUGGCCUGCAACCAAAAAUGGUUAAAGCAUAUCUGGAAGAAGAACUAGAUAAGUGGGCCAAAAUGGGAGCCUAUGGUCAUGAGAUAGGGAAACGUCCUUGGAUUACAGGAGAUGAGACUAUUUUAGGCCUUAUGAAUGACAUUGUAGGAGCCAAUGAGAAAGAAAUAGCCCUAAUGAAUGGUUUGACUGUUAAUUUACAUCUUCUACUGCUAUCAUUUUUUAAACCUACACCAAAACGAUAUAAGAUUCUUUUGGAAGCCAAAGCCUUCCCUUCAGAUCAUUAUGCUGUUGAGUCACAGCUUCAACUACAUGGACUUAACAUUGAGAAGAGUAUGCGGAUUGUAAAGCCAAGAGAGGGGGAAGAAACAUUGAGAACAGAGGAUAUCCUUGAAGUAAUUGAGAAGGAAGGAGACUCAAUUGCAGUGAUCCUGUUCAGUGGGGUACAUUUUUACACUGGACAGCUCUUUAAUAUACCUGCCAUCACAAAAGCUGGACAAGCAAAGGGUUGUUUUGUUGGCUUUGAUCUAGCACAUGCAGUUGGAAAUGUCGAACUCCGCUUACAUGACUGGGGGGUUGAUUUUGCCUGCUGGUGCUCCUACAAGUAUUUAAACUCAGGAGCGGGAGGUCUUGCUGGUGCCUUUGUCCAUGAAAAACAUGCUCAUACAAUUAAACCUGCCUUCCAGCAAAGUGUCUCAUUAACUACUUCUGAGGAAUUGAUGAAUGAAAUAUGGAAAAAGUCUAAUAAGCCUCAAAAAGAAAGGUUAGUGGGAUGGUUUGGCCAUGAAAUCAGCACCAGAUUUAAGAUGGAUAACAAACUGCAAUUAAUCCCUGGGGUUAGUGGAUUUCGAAUUUCAAAUCCUCCCAUUUUGUUGGUCUGUUCCUUACAUGCUAGUUUAGAGAUCUUUAAGCAAGCGACUAUGAAAGCAUUGAGGAGAAAAUCUGUUUUGCUAACUGGUUAUCUGGAAUACAUGAUCAAGCAUUACUGUAACAAAGAUAAAGCAGAUACCAAGAGACCAUUUGUGAACAUAAUUACUCCAUCCUGCAUAGAGGAUCGUGGCUGCCAGCUAACACUAACCUUUUCUAUUUCAAUACAAUAUGUAUUCCAAGAACUAGAAAAACGAGGAGUGGUUUGUGACAAGCGGGAUCCAGAUGGCAUCCGAGUGGCUCCAGUUCCUCUCUACAACUCUUUUCAUGAUGUUUAUAAGUUUAUCAAUCUACUUGCUUCUGCACUUGACUCUGCAGAAACCAAAAAUACCAGUGUUCUCUAGAACAACUUAAGUAGUACUAAGAGCUACUAUAUUUUAUUAUUUUUGUUCUUAUUUUAAUAAUUGGAAAUUUUUUCAAAACCAAUUGCACAUAACUGGCAAUGAAUCAUUUAGUUUACAGAAAGAUCUGAUAUAUUUUCUCUAAAUGUCUGGGGUUCUGAGGUAUCCACAUGUCUGUUCAAUUUCUCCAUGCGUGGUGGAUCAAAGUUUUCAUUGGUCCAAGUAUUAUGUAUACAGUCUUAGCUAGCUGUCACAUUUCAUGGUCAGUGAAUGUUUUAUGUUGAUUUAAUUUAUAAUUUGACUGACAACUUCAUAAUAUAUGUGCAAUUUUUUUGUGUCAAUUUUAGAAAUGUCGCUUUAGUUUUAAUUUACCAAAGAGGUUCUUAUAGUCACUGUAAUUUUGCAGUCUGAUAUAUGUAUGAUUUUGCAGUAUUCCAUCCAACUCUAAUCUAAAGAACAGAAAAUACAUUUUCUAGGGUAGUAGCUUUCAAAUAUUUUGACCACAGUCCACACUAAGAAAUAUGUUUAAUAUCAGAUACCAGUAUUUAUAUGUGUUUAUGUCUUAUUUUAUUGAUUCUAAUAUACAAACUUUUAUCAUAUUUCAACAUCUGUGAAAGAAGAAUUUUUUUCAGUUUUCAAUCAAUGAUUCUUACAUUGCUACUGACCAUUCUUUCAUGUUACCAUCCUUGACAUUAGCACGCUUCUCACAAUGAAUAGAUAGCAUCUUAGAUAUGAUAUUUUUUAAUGGUAUAUAUACCAAAAGCAAAAGUUUCAUAAAUCAGUAGUGCUCUGCUAUUUAUUAUUCAUUUUAUCUCAUCACAUCAAAUUCUGGUUGAAACUCAUUGAACCUAUUUGCCCACCGACUCUUGGAUCCUAAUCCAUUUUUCAAGGUUGUCCCUUUUUUUAAUGUUAUCACUAUUGCUUUUUUGUUUGUUUGUUUGUUUUAAUGGGAACCUCUCCUAAUAGAAGGCUAUUUUUUAAAGAGUUUAUUUAUUUAUUUUGAGAGAAAGAGAUAGAGAGUGUGAGUGGAGGAGGGGCAGAGAGAGAGAGAGCAAGGGAGAGAAUCCCAAGCAGGCUCCACACUGUCAGCUCAGCUCCUGAUGUGGGGAUCAAUCUCCCAAACAAGGAGAUCAUGACCUGAGCCAAAAUCAAGAGUCAGGACACUUAAUGGACUGAGCCACCCAGGUCAACCCUCCACCCCCCAUAGAAAAUGUUACUCUGUCUCUGAAACAGUGAAAUAAAUCACCCCAAGAUAUUGGCAAUUGAGAAUUAGAAUUAGCAAAUGAGAGCUUCAUCUCUCAACCUCUAACCCAAAUCUAUGGCCCUUUCUUUCCUCCAGGAAAACUACACUUACACUCAGCCCUGUUGGACUUCCCUGGUUUUCAGUUGUUGAUACUGCAACCACUACUCAUGAAUUGGCAAAACAGUCUACAUUUAUAUACACGGGCAGCAAGAAAGAGUGACUGCAAUGUAAUCAUUGUCCCUGAUGAACAAAUUUGAAUGGAAAUAACUUACACAACCGCUAGAGUUAAAUAAAAAGAUGCAGGACAGACACCAAUGCCAGCAACUAUUGAUAUUUAUUGAAUAGUCACCACGUACCAUGUAUUGUGCUAAUCUAGUUAUAUAUUAUCUUACUUAUUUGAGUGGUUGCAUAACUGCUUUAGCAAAGCUGCCGCCUCCAACUUUGGCAAAACUCAUCUUUGUGGAUGGAAAAGUUCUCAAAACCCUAAAAUUCGACUAUAUACAACUUCAUGUAGGAGAAAUCGUUUUGAAGCUCACAGAUGUAAGCAAAACAGACAUGGUUUCAGCUCUCAGGGAACAUGUAGCUUAGUGGGAGAAAUGGGUAGUAAAUAUAUAAACACCCAAAUAAACAUAUGAGUACAAACUGUAAGUUUUAUGAAAGAAAAACAGAUGAUACUGUAAGAAAAAUCUCAAGGGUAUUAAUUAGAUGGUCAAGUAAGGGGAGGUAUAUGGUAGUGCUUAUAACUUUAAAUUCUAAAAUAUCAGGCUAAUCACAUUAAAAUUGCAUCAAGUUAUACAUACAAACCAUUUAAAGCAUACUCAGCACUAUGUCAUGCGGGUUAAGAAACAAAGCAUUAGAAAUUCCCUUUCUCCCUGCUUGCAUUCCCAUUUCUCCCCAAAUCCAGACAUAACCAUCAAAUCAUAUUUUGUGUUAACCAUUUCCUUACUUCCAUUGAAGUAUUACACCUAUGUAUGCACCAUAAAAUAUAUAUUAGCUGAUUUUGCCCUUGUGUGAACUUCAUGCAAAUUUAAUUGUGUUGUUUAUAUUCUGCCUCCUUUGCUCAGUGUCAGGUUUUUGAGAUUUAUCCAUUUUCAUCCAUUUUCAUUGCUGCUCAGUGUUCUCGUAUAUAUUUGGGGUUAUUAGUUUAUUCUACUACUAGUGAACAUUUGAAUUCUUCCCAAUAUCUUUAAUAUUGCAACAAUGCCGCUACUAACAUUCUUGGUACACAGAUUCAAAAGUUUGCCCAGGACAUAAUAACUGUGAAAACGUCAGGUCAAAGGACCCACACGUGUUCAACUUCACUAAGAAGUAGCAAACUCUUUUCCAAACUAGUUGUACCAGUUUCCAUUGCAACCAAUAGGAAAUGGGAGAUCUCUUCUCUCAAUCCUUGCCGAUAGUAGCUGUUGAUUGAUUGCCUUUGUUACAUAUGCAGACUUACAUAGCCAGGGUGAUUACUAAAAUAACAGAAAGAAUGUUAUUCAAUAGAACAGAAUGAAUGUUCUACUUCAGCACAAGUAGAAGGAGAAACAGAAUGAGGAGAUACACAUACACUGCUGUUUAUGCUUCAGAAACCAUCCUUAAUCUAUGGAUUGAGACAAGACUAGAGUAUUACCUGACUUUUGCCCUUGCUCAGCCCUUUCCCUCCCCAUAUUCCCUCUUUCAUAGUUUUUUCUGAUGAGCAUUCUUUCAAAAAAAACAUAUUAAUUCAAACAUUGCUCUUUAUUUCUAGGAAACCCAAUUUAACAAAGCAUUGCCUUCGUCUAGUGCUAAUAACCAUAAGCCUUUUAUAGUCCUAUAUUCAAUGUCUGAUAAAUUUCAGUUCUGUUUCUGUUGUUUUUCACGAAUAAUACUUGUUUACUUGUGUAUAUUGUGCUUGUUAACUUUAAACUACUCAUUUAUAUUGA